AUGGAAAACAGUAUUGAUGUGAAGAUAGAAACCAAGGGGGAAAGAAAUCCAAUAAAGCAGAAUCCACUGAGCAAAGCUGGGAAGAGAGUCUGCAGGGCUGUUGGGUACAUCACUGGAGACAUGAAGGAAUUUGGAGCCUGGCUAAAAGAUAAACCUCUCAUGGUCCAGUUUAUUGACUGGGUGCUGCGUGGGAUAUCCCAGGUGAUGUUUGUCAACAAUCCCCUCAGUGGGCUUAUCAUAGUUGCUGGCUUCCUGGUGCAGAACCCAUGGUGGACCCUCACAGGCUGUUUGGGAACAGUUGUCUCGACUUUAACAGCACUUCUCCUGGGUCAGGACAGAUCGGCCGUUGCAGCAGGCUUGUACGGCUACAACGGGGUCUUGCUGGGAUUGCUUAUGGCCAUCUUCUCCACUAAAGGAGACUACCACUGGUGGCUUCUGCUGCCGGUAGCACUGGUGUCUGUGACGUGCCCUGUUUUCACCAGUGCUUUAGACUCAGUCUUCUGUAGGUGGGAUCUUCCUGUUUUGACCUUGCCUUUCAACUUGGCCUUGACCCUCUAUCUGGCUGCAUCAGGACCCCAUAACCUCUUCUUCCCUACAACUGUCGUUCAGCCUGCAACAGCAACACCAAACAUCACCUGGACGGAUGCUGAAAUGUCAAUG